CAUCGCGGGCGCCCGUCCAACACAGCUGCCAGCCGCACCGGCGCCACCACGAACCCGGGACCCGCAUCCUGCAGUCGGCGAUUUACCGUACCCACAAGCUGCAACCUAUCGAAAAUUGGACAUUUGCAAGAUCACUAAACUGUAGCAAACUUGGUUGUGGCAGUAUUGAGGAACUGACAGGAAGUAGUACGCACACGCGACGUAGUAUAACAGAGACUAAAGCAUCUAUUUCAGUUCAGUGUGUAGCUGUUUCCCCUGUACAUCCCACAGCAAACUAUAUCGGCUUGUCAACUUCCGUGUGAAACGAGAUAAAAAUUUGUAAAUUUCCUUUAAAACCUUCGCCCCUUGUCUAUGAAGGUUUCGUCCUAUAAAGUACGACUGAUCGUGACGAAGAAAUUAGCCUCUACAGUAGUAAAUGGAAUUUUGACGUAGCUACUUUGCAGCGACAGCUCACUAUAGAGUACAACUGUUAGACCUUCGACGGUGUUUCUUAGAGACAGCGGCAGAGGAACGGCACCGUUGUCCACAGAGCGUGCAGUUCAGACCCCGCCUACCGUAACGGGCAGCGCCCUCCGGUUCACUUCCUGCGCUUGGCUCCCACUGCGAAGCUCUGUAGGCUCAGCAGACUGCUUGGCAACCCCCUGCCGAAUUCACCCGCUGUUGCGAGCGAGGCAUGCAGUAGCUGCGUCUGUGCCGGGUGCGCGCGUGCCAGUCAGAGGCGCAGCAGGAAGAAGGAGGGUUGGGACUGGCAGGAGUCGAGCGCGGACUGCCAGCAUGGUGAUGACGGAGGACGGCAAGCUGCCGCCGCUUCUGGUGCGCAAGGAGAGCCGCUUCACGCGCAUGGCGAAGCGGCCGCGCGUCGACAUCGAGUUCCACGAUCUGUGCUUCUCCGUGCGCAGCGCGGGCGUCCGCUCCGGCCGGCGCAGUAUUCUGAAGGGCGUGUGCGGCAAGUUCCGGCCGGGUCUGCUCUCCGUGAUCAUGGGGCCGUCCGGAGCCGGCAAGAGCAGCCUCAUGAACGUGCUGGCGGGACUCGUGACGGCGGGCGUGACGGGCACGAUCAACACGAACGGUCAGCCUAGGCAGUUGAAGCUGUUCCACAAGCUGAGCACGUACAUCAUGCAGGAGGACCUGCUGCAGCCGCACAUGACCGUCCAGGAGAACAUGGAGAUGGCCGCCUCGCUCAAAGUGGGCCGCGAGAUGUCACACGACGAGCAGCUCGCCGCCGUGGAGGAGAUCCUGGAGACGCUGGGCCUGUUGGAGUGCCGGACCACGCUGACGGACAGCUUGUCUGGAGGGCAGCGCAAGCGGCUCUCCGUGGCUCUGGAGCUCGUCAACAACCCGCCCGUCAUCUUCCUCGACGAACCCACCACGGGCCUGGACGUGGUGGCGAUCCAGCACUGCGUGCAGCUGCUCAAGCUGCUGGCCAGCCAGGGCCACACGGUGGUGUGCACCGUCCACCAGCCCAGUGCCAUGCUCUUCAACGCCUUCGACCACGUGUACCUGCUGUCUCGGGGCCAGUGCGUCUUCCAGGGCCAGCCACGGGCGCUCGUGCCCUUCCUGGCCGAGCAGGGGCUCGAGUGCCCCAUCAACCACAACCCUGCGGACUUCAUUCUUGAAAUGGUCCAAGGAGAAAAUGCAGGCAAUGUUACAAUGUUGUCAGCCGAAAUGAUGAAUGGAAGGGUGACAGCAAAACUGGACACAGAAACAAAUACUGUAAGACUUGCAAGUGUGUUCACAGAUGACACCCAAAUGCCGCAGUAUGAUUAUGCUCUGAUGUUUAAGAAAGAUAGCCACUGGAGCAGCGAUUUUCCUACAUCAUUCUUUAUGCAGUUCAUUAUAAUACUAAGGAGAAUGCUUCUACAGAAAAGCAGAAAUACGGUGGCACUAUGGCUACAGUUCAUGCAUCACUUAGGACUAGGCAUUAUUCUUGGGUCAUUGUACUUUGGUGUUGGCAAUGAUGCAACAAAGCCAUUUGUCAACUUUAAAUUUCCACUCUGCUGCCUAGUUUUCUUCAUGUACACUCAUGUAAUGACACCUGCACUUCUCUUUCCAACAGAGGUCAAGAUUCUCAAACGAGAAUAUUUUAACAGAUGGUAUGGUCUGAAAUCAUACUUCAUGGCACUUACCUGUUCAACAGCACCAUUUAUGAUAAUAUUUGGAAUGAUCUUUACUCUGUUUGCCUAUCUGCUGUGUGGACACCCUGUGGAAAUUAGCAGAUUUCUACUUUUCUCAUUGUUUGGCAUCCUAGUUGGAAUGGUUUCUGAAGGUCUUGGUCUGAUUAUGGGAUCCAUAUUCAAUGUUGUGAAUGGUUCAAUAAUGGCUCCUGCAACAGUUGCACCAAUGUUGGUAUUGUCAGCAUAUGGAUUUGGCCAUGGAACAGCAAUGGAGCCUGUCAUGACUGUCCUCAGUGGCUUCAGUUAUCUGCGCUAUGGUUUAGUAGGGCUCACCUCGGCAUUAUACAGUCAUGGAAGAGCCCCACUGUACUGUGAUGAUGUUUUUUGUCUUUAUAAGGACCCAAAACGGUUACUUCGAGAUGUUGGAAUGGAUGGAGCAUCAACACUGCUUCAAGUUGUUGCCCUUGUGGGAUUCAUAUUCCUUUAUCGUACUAUAGCUUACUUUGCUCUCCGGUAUAGGCUCACCAUAGAAUUUUCAAACAAGCUACUCAGUUAUAUUGCAAAGAUUUUGAGGAGAAAGUGAAUCAUUUUUUUUUAUUUGGGGCAAAAAAGUUUUCAAGUGUCCAGUAUGGUAUCACAACAACAGUGACUAAAAUUUGUACUGUGGCAAAUAUGGCACAUGUUUCACAACAUUACAUUUUGUCAGUAUUAUAAAGAGGAGAUAUUUACAAGUGACCUGAAGAUCUGUGAAAUAUCCAAUUUCAAAAACAUAUAACAAGAAAUAAGAACACUACAGCACCUGCUCCAAUGGAAUUGUACAAGACAUGUGAAAUGCACAGUGCACAUGUAAACAGCAGUUAGUGACAGACCACAAGUGUGUUUAGUGCCAGUAAAGGACUAAGAACAAUAAAUGCUGUGUCCUUAAUGCAUCAAACAGAUACAAAGGACAAAACAGAUCAUCCAAGAUGAUAAAUGUUUCAUCAUAUAUCAGUUCACAGACAUGGACUAAAAUCUGUUUCAUUUAUCACUACUGUAGGACAGUAUCAUAGUGUUUAAAUGUGAAUGCUCUGGAAACAAAGUAGAAAAUAAUCUUUUUCCACAUAAAUAUGAAAAUGAUGAUUGUUGAAAUGAUUUUGAUUGUGUUGGAUAAAUUUUAUAACUCCAGUUCCAGUUUGUUCCCAAUGCCAUUCUAAUGGUGUUACAUUUUGUGAAUGGAAGUCUAUAUACUGUGUGCUGUACCAUAGAGUUAUCCAAUCUGCUUAAUAUUAAUCUCCUAGUCUAUCAAGCUUAGUAAAUUCCAAAAAAGAUACAUUUGACAAAGUUUUGUUAUGAGCACCUAAAUAGUUUUCUUUGCUUUUGUGGUAUUCAUUUAUUUGUGUUGUAGCUCAUUCUAUAAAUUUACAGUUUAAAAAUAAAGUAACUUGUUGUUUUUAUCUGAGGUACAAAUGAAAUUACAGUUCAUUUGUCAAACAAAAUAGUGGAGUAAGUGAUGUAAUGCAGUGCAAAGUUGUAUCUCAGUUGGCAGUAGCUGACAACCUUUGAAAGAAUUUUCUUUUUUAAUAUCAUUUUUAUGAAAACUGGAAGUCAGCUACAGGAACAUGUUAUAUCUUGCAUUAUUUUAGUCAGCAAUAGUACAAUAGCAAUAUAUCAUGGUUUCUUGGCUCCAGUGAAUACCUUAAUACUCCAAUAGUGAUAAUGAUAGCAGGCCAAAUAUCUGUGAUUUUUAUUACUUAAUAGUAAGGUUGUGUCACAGAGUGACAUGGUUUAAAUUCCUUUAAAUCUGUGAUUUAUGUACUUAUCAUGUAAAGUUCAACUGUAAGUUAUUGAAUAGCAUAGAAUUGUUACUUCAUAUAACAUCUAAUCAAUUAGUCUUUUUGUGUACAGUGUACUACAUAAUGGUAGCCUCUCUCAUUGCUAAGCAAAUUUACCUCAUAGUGCAGUCACUUUGGUGACAGAAACUGAAGAUAUUUUUGUAUCAUAUCAGAACAGUUGCAUAGAAAUAUAUGUUGUUUCUCAUA